GUGAAGGUUGUGCGUGAAUUUUGAGCACUUCCAAAAGAGUAGGGGGCGACUGUGGGUAUCCAGUACUCGAACGGACUAUUUACCCGUAGAAACCAGACCUCAAAGCCAAAUGUCGGUUUGGUGAUGUGGACCGUCGGUAGCAGACUUCCUCUAUACCGUUGUCGCCUCGCCGUGCCUUCGUGAGUACUGACGGGCCGAGACCCGCCAUGGCCUCGUCGUCACUCCGCUGCACAUCUGUCAGACCCGCCGCUGUGACGCCGGUAGCGGUCGUCGUCGUGCUCCUGAUGUCGGCAGCUACCGUUCAGUCUUCCCAGGGCGACAAAGAGCCGGUGUACCGGGACUGCGUGAAGCAGUGUGUCCAGACCAACUGCACCGGACCUCGGCUACGAUGGUACCAGACCGUCCAACCGCAGUACAUGGCGCUGACAGGUUGGACUUGUCGUGACGACUGUCGCUAUGAGUGCAUGUGGGCCACAGUGGGUCUUUACCAGGCUGGGGGGUACAGAGUCCCGCAGUUCCAUGGCAAGUGGCCGUUUGCGCGCUUUCUCUGCUUCGAGGAGCCGGCGUCCGCCCUGGCCUCACUCCUCAACGGCCUGGCCUGCCUUCUCAUGCUGCUGCGCUACAGGAGCACCGUGCCAAGACAAAGCCCCAUGUUCCACACCAUCAACGCCUUCUCUUUGGUGUCUCUCAACGCCUGGUUCUGGUCCACAGUGUUCCACACACGGGACACCUUCCUCACUGAGAAAAUGGACUAUUUCUGUGCUACAGCAGUGAUUCUCUACUCCAUUUAUUUAUGCUGUGUCAGAACGUUGGGUCUGAGGCACCCGGGGGUGUCCAGCAUUGUGGGAGUGCUGCUCAUCUUGGCCUUCACUUCCCACAUCUCCUACUUGACGUUUGUCAGUUUCGACUACGGCUACAACAUGGCCGCUAACGCCACCAUCGGCAUGGUGAACCUCCUGUGGUGGCUGUGUUGGUGCUGGAGGAACAGGCGCACGCUGCCCUACUGGUGGAAGUGUGGCCUGGUGGUGCUGCUGCUCCACGGUCUGGCCCUGCUGGAGCUCCUCGACUUCCCCCCGCUGCUCUGGAUCCUGGAUGCGCACGCCAUUUGGCACCUGAGCACCAUCCCUGUGCACUUCCUUUUCUACAGUUUCCUGAUCGACGACAGCCUCUACUUACUAAACACAGAGAAGCUGGGCGUCAAAGUGGAGUAGGAGGAGAUUCACGAGCACCGUUGCACCUGUCCAAACAUGGCCGCCGGACACCCCGACAUAGAAGUAGCUCCGCUUCCCAGAUGACCUGCAUGACACCUUCCACUUCCAUCAGGCAAAACUUGUGUUUACAUUUUUUCUGGUUUUAUUUUGCCUAUUUAUUUGUGUUGAUUUGAUCAUGAUUUACUGUACUUUACAUUUGCCUUAUCAUUUAUCAUACGUGGAUGAAAGCGUAAGAGAACUUUCAAGCUUUGAGAAUGAACUCCCACUAUUUCUUUUAACCUUGCACGGAUGCUGCGUGCCAGUAUGUGGCGACAAAUUACCUCCAGCAUGUGUCAUGGUGCCAAAAGGGGUUCCCCUCAGUCCGACGGAUGGUUCUAGAAAGAAUGGAAUAAUUUUAGCUGACUGAGCUAUUUCUCCCCCACCUUUUGUUUUGUGCCUCGGUUGCUGCUUUUUCUACAUCCGAACUCUUGAUUUUAAUUGUAUUUAAUCACCUGCUCCCUUAAUUAUUAUCAUUUUAUGUUUUUUGACUUGGGUGGGACGUGCGUGACGAUCAUUUUAUUCACCGUGGAUGCCUUUUAGUGUGAGAAAAACAGGGAAAGUGUUGAAAAUGAAAUUUAAAUGAGUAUUUAGAUGAUAGCUUGAUGGUUUAUUUUGUAUGGAUUGAGUUUCCAUUGCUGCAGUAUCAUCCUCUAUUUUGGCCUCAUUUGCUGCUUGUAAAUGAGCACAUUCCCCUCAGAGCUGUUGUCAUACCAUGUAUGUUUUUCACCCCUCUCUGAGCCCCCUGCUGUACUUUUCCAUAUGUGCACUUUAGGGAUGCACGCGUCCAUGGUUUUUUGUUUGGAAUCCACGCUCAUGCCUUUGUAGCUCUGUUUGACACUGAGGACAAUGGCCACUACAUCAUGUUUUUUGCUGUUGUGGUGCACAUUUAGAUGGUUCCUAACCUUUCUGUGUGUAGACGUACACUCACGUGACAGUUUUGAGGUACACAUGCAUCAAGUGAGUGCAGUUGAAUGCAUCAGCCCUGCAGCUGAAAUUAGUUUUUCAACACCUUGGAAAUAAUGUUACACUUUUUACCUUUUUAAGUCCUAAAACUGUUCUCAUAAAAGUAUUUUUAAACCAUUUUCACCACAUCAAGACUUUUCAACAAUUUGAGAUAUUAUGUAGGUUUAGUCAUAAGACCCCUUAUUUUUCUGAGUAAUUUAGCUCGAUAAUUGAUAACAUUGCCUCAAACCCUUAUUAAAUUGUCAUGAGGGGCAUUUGUGUACCUAAUAUAUUGGGAGUGUUUAUGUAUGGCUGGGAAAAUGUAGCGUUGUCAUAUUGGGCGAUGUGAUUGCCAUAAGAAAUGAUUAUAAUUAUGGUAGGCGAAAUGGGAUAACAUAAACAAAUGGACGCAUCUUUAUAAAAUUACUUCCAUGUCUCAUAAAUAAUUAAAUUAAUAAAUACAUCAAAUCAUAUUUAUAUGAUUAACAAUUAAAUGUAUUUUUUAUCUAAUACAUUAAUAGCACAUUUGUUGACACAGGUAUGUAUUAAAUUCAAAUUAUAAUUAAUUGACACAAGUAAUUUUUUACGUAGUGUAUGGAAGUGAAUUGUCUCACAUCAACUUAUAUAUAUCAAUAUAUUAUUACAUAUACAUAUAAUAAUAAUAUACAAAUACAAAUGUGAUAUACAAAUAAAUCAUAUUUGAAAAUAUAUACAAAUAAAAUUUAUAAAUAUAAAAAUGUGACAUACAAAUAAAUCACGAAUUUGUAUAAAUAAGUGUAUUUGUAAAUACAUUUCUGAGAUUUUAAUAGAAAAAUGCUUGAUUUUGUAUUUGUAUUGAAUUUGCAUAUGUGGAUCACUUUUUUGCUUUUGUGUCGAUGAGACAUUCCUCCCAUAAACCAGAUGCACAAAUAAAUGUGACCUACACACUCCCCUGAACAACCAGUAGAGGGCACUGCAGUCAGAGCGGUCUGGCUCACAGAGCAUUAUAUGCCAUCCAUCCAUCCAUUUCAACCGCUUAUCCCUUUCGGGGUCGCGGGGGGUGCUGGAGCCUAUCUCAGCUACAACCGGUCGGAAGGCGGGGUACACCCAGGACAAGUCGCAACCUCAUCACAGGGCCAACACAGAUAGACAACAUUCACACACUACGGCCAAUUUAGUGUUGCCAAUGAACCAAAAUCAAGCAUAUUUAUAUUAAAAUCUCAAAAAUAUAUUUACAAAUACACGUUUAUUUAUACAAAUUCUUGAUUUAUUUGUAUGUCACAUUUUUAUAUUUAUAAAUUAUAUUUGUAUAUAUUUUCAGAUCUCAAAAAUAUAUGUGCAAAUAAACGUUUAUUUAUACAAAUUAUUUAUUCAUUUGUAUAUCACAUUUGUAUUUGUAUAUUUAUUAAUACAUUCAUAUGUAUUAAUAUCAUAUUGAAUAUAAAUAUAUAUAUAAGUUCAUGUGAGACAAUUCUACUUCCAUAGUUGUGUCCCAUGUGGCCCUCCACAUAUGUUCCUAUCCACGCAGAAAAUGCAGUUUUACAGCAAGAAACUAUUUGGGUAUACUUAAAAUUCACAGGAAGUUCCUCUCAUUUCCUUGCUGAAUUUAAUUUUUCAUGCAUAUUCAUUAUCAUUUCCCAGAAAAUAUAUUGUAUUGUUCUUUCCUUGUUCCUUUCUGUACAAUCUGCAGUUUCCCCUGCAUAUCUACUGCCCUCUAGCUGCCACCCUGUGCACUACACCACUGCCAAGCAAUGCCCCUUUGCUCUCAUGUUAUACAAUAUUUUAACAACCGGAAAGAAUAAAACUAUUCUUUAUUGAUAAAGCAUAAGCAUCCCUCGUGUGUUAUGUGCAUGGAAUGUAAUUGCAUCUGCUGUAUUUGUGUGGUCUACUCCUGUUUAAUGUAAAUUAUGCAUCUGGUUGUAUUUCUAUUGUCUUAUUGCAACUUAUAAAAAUAUGAGUGAAAUGCUGCAUAUUCACUAAAUAUUGUUUUACUUUGAAUCCAUCUAUAGGAAUACAGCAAUUUUAGAGCUAAAUAGAGAAAUGUGUCCACCAUACAUGUCAUGAAGUAACUGAUAGUAUUUUGCACUUUGACCCUGGAUUCUAUGGUGGGGGUGACUCCUGGGAUGAAAUGACUUUAUUCAUCCUACUUCUACUACUGCUUUGUCAUCCAUGAAAAAGUGGAAGGAAAAGAGUCCAGCAUAAGUUACGGAAACAUUUCACUUCCCAUCAGACGCAAUUUUUAAGUUCAUUUUGUUUUGUGCAGUUUUACUGUGUUUUUAUGAUGAAGUGAUGUGAUGAUAUUGGAUCUGUUUAUUUUCUCUUCCAAAUGUGCUUAAUAUAUUGUACACAGUGUCCAACUAGCAAGUGCACAUGGUUAAAAACUACAUCCAAAAAAUAUUUUUUUAAACAUUUCUGAUGCAUCAGAUGUCCUAUUUUCAAGCAAUUUCAAACUAUCAUUUUUGUGAGCAUAUUUAAAAGUACACAACAAAUCCAAAAUUGGUCUCAAGUUCAUCAGGACACUUUAUCAACUCAAUUCCAGUAAAAAAAAGUUUAUGUCACAUCUAAAAUAUGGUGCUUCUUAGGUUUUGUUGAUAACCUUAAAUCACAGAGGGAUAGCAUCAAAAUGUUUCCAUACUAACACUACUGUAAACAUUUGGGGUGCUCAAAAAAUCCAUUUCCAUUCAAAUCGCGAUUUUAUAUAUUCCAAUCCUUAACCGAUUCAUCAUUUUUGAGAAACGAAAAAAAAAAAGUUGUUCUUUCAUUUGCCAAUUUUUUUUAAGAAUAUUUUUUGGGCUUAAAACAAUAAACAACUAUGUUUUUAUUAUUAUUCAUACUGUGGCUUUUAUUCAUAUUCGGCUUUCCUAUUUACAAUAUUGUAUAAUAAGUAUUGUAUUUUAUGUCUUCUCAAAUGGUAGGUAAAUAAUUGAUAUCCUAAGUAUUCUAUAGUCAGGAAUGGGUUGCAGUUACUUUAUGUUUUUUAUUUUUUUAAGACUGAUUAACAUUCUGUGAAUUUUGUAAAUAAAAAAAGUAUACAUAUUUAUUUUAUUUAUUUAUUUAAUUCUUUAUUAUUCUCAAAUUUCUUAUAUAUAAUUAUUUUUUAAAGACCGUUUUUAAAAUGUACAUCAGCAGCCAAGGAGAUUUUGUAACCUGUUUUGGAAAGGUUUUAUUAGAAUUUACAUACCAAACACAAUGUUAAGAGAAUUGUGUUGAAUCGAGAAUCGUUACUGAAUUGAAUCAUCACACCAAAAAUGUCAAUCGAAUCGAAUCAAAAGGUGCCCAAAGAUUCCCACCCAUACUAAACAUUGUGCAAGUAAAUAGCAAUCAGUAUUUGCAUCAAACCAUGUAUUAGAACCAACAAUAGAUCUUAGAUUCUUGUGAUUCGAUUCAAUUCUGGGGUGACGAUUCGUUUCAGACACGAUUCUUGUAUUCUAUUAUAUGGCGAAUAAGUGCGGAUAUGGCUUAAAAACGGCUUUUUGAAAAUGUAUAAAUUAUAAAAUGUCCAAAAUCAAUUUUUGAAAAUGAUGACUUGAUUCAAAACCGUGUUAAGUUAGAAUCACGAUUCGGAUGUGAAUUUGGUUUUGUUUUGUUACCCCCAUUUGUUUGCGGUCUCUCCGGUCUAAGACAUGUACCAAUGGUUCUUGCUUAUAAAUAAUAUCAUUCCCUGAUAUUUAGCCUAGUUUAAGGCAGCUAUAAAUAUAAAACUAUAUCAAAUAGUUUGAUUUGCAAGUAAUUAAUGACAUUUAAGUGUGCAUUCCUGUAAUAUUCA